AUGGCGACGCCAUCCCAUCUGACAUGCCUGUGCGGUUCCAUUAAAGAAGAGGGUACGCUCCUCGCGAGCCAGACGCUCCCAAUCGAGAACGACAUCUGCCACUGCAACACCUGCCGCCAUACCACAGGCUCUCUGGGUGCAUGGUAUGUGAGCCUCAAAGCCUCGCCGAGUGCGGAAUCCCUGGGCAAUGCUACGGCUUACAAGACAUCGGAGAAGUAUACCCGCUUCUUCUGUAAGAAGUGCGGGUGCAAUGUCUUUGUAAGGUCUGACAGGGAUGGCAGGUGGGCCGCUUGUUCAGGGGUUGUGGAAAUGGAGCAGACCGAAGGGAUGACGGGGCCACCGAACGCGCAAAAGAAUGUAUCAAGGGUCUUGUUCCACGAGUAUGUCGGGGACGCGAAAGACGGUGGAAUUGCACCGUUUCUCACAAAGCUGGGUGACCGCGACGUGCCUUGCUACGACACCGAGCCACAGGAGAAGGCUGCCGAAAUUCUCAAGGAAAGCGAGCUCCAGCAGUUGCGAGAGACAUCACUGCAACAACCAGCCUCGGCAGCAAGAGACAGAGGUGCGGCAAUCGAAGUAUCUUGCCAUUGUGGGGCCUGUCAACUGCGCAUUGCACCACCGCCGUACGAGGUGUCUAGUGAAGGGUGGUACGUCCCUAAGAGCGACCGCAACAAAUACUAUGCGCGACUCUGUGGCUGCCGCUCAUGCCGGCUCACUUUAGGGUUCACACUACAACCAUGGGCUUAUGUCCCUCCAUCCCAGAUCCACACAGUUAACGACGAACCGGUAGUUUUUGGUCCGAAAGCUGAGGAAACACUCCAAAUCGAGAUGCUGAGAUAUUACCGGUCUUCGGAGUUCGUGCUGAGAAGCUUUUGCACAGUCUGUGGUGCGACCAUGUACUACCAGAGCUUCGAGAGGCCGUAUAUCAUUGAUGUGAGUGUUGGCGUUUUGAGGUCGAGGUUAGGUAAUGUCAUGGCGGGAGAGUGGUUGGAAUGGGACAGGGAAAUUGUUAGCAAGAGGAACGAAUGUGUUGAUGAGGAGUUGGUGGAUGCGUGGAUGAGCAAGUCAACAGCUUGA